AUGGUCAAUUCAUACUUUGUCCACUUUCAUCGUUCGUUUCCAAUUCUGCACAGGCCAACCUUCUCCUUAAGUGCAGUUCCAGUCAGCCUACUGAGAGUCGUUGUUGCCAUUGGGAGUCUCUACACGGCCUCCAACCUACCUUUACCGGAGCGCCAGCCAAUCCUCAAAGAGGCCGAUGAGAAUUGGGAACGAAGUAGAAAAGACUUGAAGUCUCUGGUAUCCAAAGACCCCAAAGAAGUGCGCGAAAGCAGCGUAACCCAAGCCUUCGUGCUCCUCAUCCUCUACGGCAUCUACCGCGACAGCGGGUCCAAAUUCCAAAAAGCGCGCUCCCUCUUCCGCACCAUCAUCGACUCCCUCCGCGACCUCGAACUCUUCCACCAAACCCUCACCGCCGCGCCCUCCGAAGACCCCAGCUGGUCCACCGACCUCUCGCCCGCCCUCUCCACCAGCGCGCCCGCCCUCCUCCACUCCAAAUGGACCGCCUACACGCGCUCCGAAUCGCUCAAGCUCUCCCUCUACGCCCUCGUCUACCUCGACACGCAGGGCUUCGCCGCGGCCUGCAACACGCGGCCCCUCCUCUCCCCCAUCGAGCUCGGCUGGGAACUGCCGCAUGCCGCAGCCUUGUGGGAAGCCAACGACGCGGGCGCGUGGCUCGCGGCGCUGUACGGCUCCGCGCCCGAUGCUAGCGGCGCGGCGGUGUCGAUCACGACGACGACGACGAGAUACGCCUUCCUGAGUUCGACGGGGGCGACGCGCACGCUCGCGCUGGCUACGCAGUCGCUCUUGUCGGGCUCGCCGUGCCCGCACCUGGUUGCCGCGCUGAGCGCGUCGCCGUUUGCGGCGCUGUGCGUGGCGGCGAAUGUCGAGGCGUUGGUGAGGGACUUCACGCGGUGCUACUACAUGAUGCCGCCGAGCUUGAGCGAUCCGUCGCUUUUCCACAUCCUGACGCAGGCGCAGAACAAGCAUGUUGUUGCGGGGUUGAGGGCGGUGGGGGAGGCGAGGGCGAGGGCGAAGGGGGUUGGAGUUGGUGGCGCGGGGGCAGGAGGAGGGGGGGAUGGGGGAGCAACAGGAGCAACAGGAGGAGGAGCAACAGGCAGCCAGAUCUGGCGCGCGGUCGACCUGGUGCUGGCGUCGGCCAAGGCCGGGCUCUGCGCGCCGGAUGACCUGUUGAUUGGGGGGAUUGUUGAUAAUGGCGUUGCGGCGGGGUUGGCGACGAGCGCGCAUUUGACACUCGGCAGCUACUUUGCGAGCAGGCGGUCGACUAUGCAGCAGCAGAAGGACGCUAUGGGCGGUGUGGUGGCUUCGUCGUCGUCGUCGGAGGUGAAUGUUGCGGGGAGCCUGAGUCUGCUGGCUGAGCUGAUGCCAGCGUUGGAGCAGGUUGUGGUGGGGCAGGGGCCGGAAGAGGUUUGUGACGAGGGGCCGUGGGUGACUGUGGUGAUGAUCAGGCUGCUUAUUACGAUCUGGAAGACGGUGAGGCAUGUCGUUGAGCACGUGCGUCAGAGGAGCAGCGACGGCAGCAUGGCCUUCGAUCCGGCUGGCGUGACGUUGCGGGCUGUGACGGAAGCUGUUGAAAGGUACAUACGGCUGCUGGUACCGGAUUAUGAGCCUGAUACUGGCACGGACCAGGAAUCACAAGAGAAGGACUGGGGAUAUCACGAGCGCUCUCUCCUCUUGCUGACGGUUGAGUUGUGCAAGAGAAGGUCGGCAUGGCCUGUUGGUCCGGCACUGGCGACGGUUUUUGAGGAGAUCAUGGCUGCAAUAAUUUAG